GAUGAGCGUGGGCGCGUGUCGCUGUGGCGCCACUGCGCUUGCUGUGCUGUGCUGUGCUGUGCUGUGCUAUGCGGGGCUUUGUGCUGGAGCCGGAGCUUGCUGACCAGAGGCCCCGGUAGGAAAAUUGCCGAGCACGGAGUUCCAGUGAUGCCUGUGCUUUCAGCUUCAUUGGGUGACUGGUGCGCGGUACUCCGCUGUUUGGAGCCUGAGUUGUGGUCGGGAAAAUGGAUUUAAUCUGAAGAGACUGAACAGGACUAUUGGCGAGGACUAGAACGCACUACAUUUGCAACGUGCUUUGCACAAGGGAGCCCUGGAGACUGAGUCUGGUGACCACUGACUGCAGCGUGGAUCCUGGUGGAACUGGCCCACAGUGGAAUGCAGGCACUCCACCUUCAGCACCGCAGCCCCAGCAGCUACAGGGUCAAGGCCAGGGCGUCUUAUGUGGAUGAGACCCUGUUUGGCAGCCCUACAGGAACCCGGCCCACUCCACCAGCCUUUGACCCACCCUGGGUGCAGAACUGUGACAGAUCGGCAGGAGUGGGCCCAGGACCACCGAAGGUUUCUCUGGUCAAGAGAGACUGUGAGUCUACCCCCUCCAGGGGCAGCACCCCAAACCUCACACCAAGGAAGAAAAACAAAUACAGGUUGAUUGGCCACACCCCCUCCUACUGUGAUGAGUCCCUUUUCGGCUCCCGGCCACAGGGCACCAACAAGGAGGGGUCUCGGACAGCCAUAGGGGAUACUGCCAAGCUCCAGACCCUUUUCUGGACACCACCAGCCACCUCUAGGGGCGGCCACUCACCUCGCCCCAGGGAGACCCCACUUCGAGCCAUUCACCCAGAUGGACCCUCCAGGACAGAGCCCAGCAUGGCAACAGGCUCCCAGAAGACUUCCCAGGAGGGGUUAGAUGCUCCUUCCUCUCUGGGGCGGAAGCGUUCCCAUUCACUCAGCCACCUAAGUGUCCCCAGCAUGGGUCAUCCAGCUUCCAGUGUCCCCCAGACCAAUGGACCUCAGAGUCCCCGGCCUUCCACGUCAGGGAUGACUGUUCGGAGUCCCUUGGUCACUCCCAGAUCACGGUCAGGCAGAGUUUCAGGGCCAGCUGCCUCUCAACAAGGGGCCGGCCCUCCCAAGCCAAAGCCUCCUUGGAAAUGAGGUUCUCAUCAGGUAAUCCUCUGACUCACGGCAAGGAUUCAGCUCAGGUGCAGUACUAUGGAGACCAGUGUCUCCAGUGCCUCCAAGCACUAGAGAAGCCUCCCUGAGCCUCCAUGGUGAGGAUGGGCCAUGCUUCCCUUUGUCCCCACAAGCUCAGGACUCCCUAGCUGCCUCUGCGGGAUGUUUGGGGUCCUUUGAGAUAUCUCUCUGGCCAUAGCGCAGCCUCUUUCUGCAUUGGUGCCAAACCCCACCCAGCUCCCUGCUCAGAAUUCAGUUUCUACAGAGGUCUGGGUGCCUCGAAAGAGUUUUCCUGGGCUGUAUGUGAACCCUGAGGGUGGAACAUGGGGGAGACAUUUUAAUAUUCGUGUAUUUAUUCAUUCCAUGUACUAAAUGUAUUU